UUGCGAUGCUCGGCCCAACAACCCACGACCCACGGCAGAAGCAAAGACCAGGAAUUUUGGGAUAGCGCGUUAAGUCUCGCGACAUUUGUGUACAUAGCAGGCAUAGUAGCAAGCCAACAAGCCUCACAAGGUCAGCGGGACGUGCACGAGCUGCCGCUGCCAGCCAUCCUGUGGUGACCCGAGCAGAGCGCCUCCUGAGAUGGCCAGAGGAAGCCGCAGCCGUUCCUCAGCUCCAGCCAGCCCAGCUCCAUCCCAUGCUCCGGCUCCCACUCAUUCACCUCCUGCCGCCCUGGCCCCGGCUCCAGCUCAGUCCCAGGGGCCGGGCCUCAUGGCCCAGAUGGCUACCACAGCUGCUGGGGUGGCAGUAGGCUCAGCUGUGGGCCACGUCGUUGGCAACGCCCUCACAGGAGCGUUUAGUGGGGGCAGCAGCAGUUCAGAGCCAGCCAAGCCUUCAUACCAGGAGCCCCCCCGGCCUGCUCCAGGCCAGCCAGGCCCCUGUCACUUUGAGGUCAAACAAUUCCUGGACUGUGCCACCAACCAGACUGACCUGAGUUUAUGUGAGGGCUUCAAUGAAGCUCUCAAACAGUGCAAGUACUCCCACGGUGUGACAUCACUGGUGUGAAGGACGAGUGUCAGCUGUCAUGGACAUAUUUCAAUAAUGAAACAUACUGUAGACAUGUUGUAGACACCACAUAACCUCAGGCAGUGAGCAUGUUGGGUUUUGUUUUUGUCAGUUGAUGACUGUAAAGUAUGAAAUGUUUUUGGCAAUGUACAGUGAUAAACCUUUAAUAAAUAGCUGCUAUCUACUUGCA